AUGGCAUCCCGCGCCAUUGGCUUGACGAUCAAGAUCGAAAAUACCGACCAAGAUACUCCAAACCAAACCCACGUCCUCGCCUCAUGUCGAGAAAUCAAGAAUGCCAAAGAUUUGAUCACGCCCUCGCCUAUUGCGAAUCAAACCAGACUGUGCUCGGAAGCCGAUGGUAAGACUACGUGCGAUGUAUGUGUUUUACCUGAUGAGAAGAAGAAUUUGGAUUAUUAUAACUUUGCUUGUGCGGAGAAUGAGGGAUAUUCGGAUACUUUGGAGAAGUAUUCGGAGGAGAGGGCAAAAGCUGUCGCCGCAAAGAGGUGUGAUGGGGAUGGGGAUGAGGGUGAUGAUUCUGAUAGCGAUUCCGAAGAGGAGUAUGAGUCUGAUGGUGAGUCUGACUCGGACUCGGACUCGGAUGAUGAGGAGUGA